GCUAUACCGUUACUGAUGGUGGGUUUAUCACCACAAACGGUUCUCAAACUAUCACCUUAACUAUUCCUGGGACGCUCAACAUCUUAAACGAGACCUAUAUGUGCCUCUUCACCUCUAACGAACAUAAAGUUACAAACCAGACUGCUGCUGUCAACUCUCAAAUCUACAAUUUAUCUCUACGACCAAAUGGAGGAUGCCGUGUCUUUACCGGAUCGAAUCUUACUUUGACCUGUCGAUAUUUUUCUACUGUCUUCAGCGAAGGAGUCUUCUCUUGGACUAUCGACGGGAAGAAAUGUGAAACUCGUGCCUGCAAGAACCCAGUGAACACAGGUUUAACGUCAACGUUGACACUGAGCAUUGAUAACUCUACUGAUGGCGUCUGGGGUUGUUCAUUCUCCAAAAAAAGCGGUGAUGGAAUAAUGCAGAGCUAUGACAAGUUGACUGUUGAGGGGGUCAGUACGAGUGGCAGGCAGACUCCUAACUCUGUAUGGGGGACCGCUGGGACUACGUCUACAGUUACUUGUACAGUCUUAAACGGUCUUACAUAUUCUAAUCUCUCCUACAUACAGUGGCAACUAGACAGUAAGAUUAUCAGUGAGGAAGGAGUGACACUCAACAAGAACCACGAAAUAGUGAAGUUUCACUCUGGCGGACAAAGUCCGGACAGCAACGAAUAUUACGUCUAUAAUCUCCUUCACUCAUUCCCAGGAUGCUGUAGGGAACCUUCAGUGCAUAGCUAUGUACAGUACAGGACAUGAGAUAAAGACACCUAGUAGCAACCUGAAUUUAAUAACGCUUACAUCGAACUCUGAGUUGAUUUUGAUAACCCCAACUGAUGGGGCUGCUGUAACUUUCUCUACUUGGGCACAGUCCAAACCUUCAACUACCAACGUCCGAUCUAAAUCUGGUAUUCAACAAGAGAUUAUUCAGUCAACAGCGGAAAAUACAACUGUAAAUGGUGAUGGGAUACUGUUCAAAGAAUCGAUCAAAUUCUUUAGUUCAGGUUCGACACCUGCUACAGUGGAAACGAGGGAGAACCUCUUUAAAAAGAAAUAUUGGUACAACUACACCAUCAAUUCGGGGCUGCCUUCAGAACUUGUGAUUUCCGGAAAAAUUUUCGUAAUAGGACAGACAUUUGUUGACACAUCCACCAAAUGGACAAAGGUCGGAGGGAGGACCACACUGAAUGCUUAUUUCACAGCCUCUGAGACAUCCAGUGUUACCGUGACCUGGCAGCAAAAGGGCGCGGAGGGAAUAUGGCAAGAUCUCGGAACAGGCGGUUACCACAACAUCCGCUCAAAGAUAAAUGAUAGGGGUGUGCUGAACGCUAACCUCAUCAUCGAUAAGAUAAAGGAAUCCGAUAUAACAAUAUACAAGGCUCGGAUUGAGAUGUCUGGUUUCGAAGUGACGACAGAUUUGAUAACAUUGAAAGCUGUCUCAGCCAAUGUGCCAGUGGUCAAAGAUCCUGUCUUUGAGGGCAAAUCUGCAUUUUUUCAUGUAGCGAUAACAGUUGGUCCCAAACCAUUAAUUGUGAAGUUAGUUCAUGAACAGAGUGGUAAAGAAGUGCAAAUAAACUUAUCGAGUAUGACUUCAAGUCCUUUUGAAGUGAACCAUGUUUUGAAGGAUGUAUUUUCCUGUGAUGAUGGGUCCUACUACUUCAAAAUUACGUUUGAGACUGGACUACAUUACAAAACAAGCAAGGUAAAGCUUGCGGUGAAAAGAAUGUGUAGACCCCUCACAACACCACCAAACACAGUACUUACAGAGGAGAAAUUGGCCGGCUCAAGCAACUACAAGUUAAAAGUUACCUGUGCCGAUGAUGAUCCGACAUAUGUGAUAAUGAGGUUUGAUCGGACUGAGGCAACGUGCGAUACCAAAACGGGAAAAUGGGAUCGCACUGAUCUUACUCCCUGUUGCAGAACCAUCGCCCCGACGGAUGACUAGAUUGCCUCUAGAUUCCUUGAACUAAAAUUGAUUGUCCAUGUGUAAUGUGUAUUGUGUACCAUUGAUUGCAAUUUGCAGUGAUCAUAAGAUGUGAACAAAGGGGAUUGCUAUGACUGAUAAAUUAUGACUGCUCGUUUAAUUGUUACAGUUGUUGGUUCAGUUAUCAAUUUAAUUUGAUUGAGUUUUGAUAUCUGUUUUUUUGUUUAUUUCCUGUAGGAAUAGACAACAAAGGUUUCUUGUUUCUUGUGUUUAAUAUUUAGUAAUGGACUAUUUUAAUCGUAAAGACAAUUACGAGGUUUAGUAUAAGAGAAUAACGUUAUCCUAUGUAAUAAAUGUAUUGUUUUUGUAUAUUGGAGCUUUAGCCACAGCUAGGUUGGUCUGCACGGAGCCCCACAGUUUCAAUUCCUUGUUUAACUAGCCGUACACUGUACAGCAUGGAUAUCCACUGUGUUUACCAGGUUAGGCACAUAACCAACACUACCCUGCCAAAGUCAGCUAUAUACAAUGGUUUUCUCAAAAGUAUUUCCUUGUAUUUGACUUUCGUCAAGAAAGUACUGUUACUUUCGGUUCAGAUGUUAUAUAAACUAGCCUUUAUGUGGCCCGUAGGGCGGAGGAACAGCCACACACUUCUCACCCAGCUACGUAUACAAUGCAUUGUUUUUGUAUAUUAGAGCUUUAGCCACAGGUAGGUUGGUCUGCACGGAGCCUCCACUACACUGUGUUCACCAGGUUAGGCACAUAACCAACACUACCCAGUACCCUGCCAUGUUACAUGUCGAUCGAGUUAUCAUUCAACAAUAACUUUUGAAUGUUUCUUUGUUUAUCAUAGGACCCGCAUCCAGGAACAUGCCAAAUUUGUUGAACAAUGUUAUCAUUUUAUUGAGUUAUUAUAUUAUUGAAUUAUUACAUUAUCAUAUU